AUGUCUUCCAACAACACCGCCAGCACCAACCCCGGCAAUUUCGCCAACCGCCCAACGGAGGAGGAGAACACCGCUCCAGCAGGUCGCAACGCCGAUGGGACCUUCACCAAGGGCUCGGAUUCAGCCAAGGAGGCAGGCCAUCUCGGUGGUCUUCACGCCAGUGGCAAGGUCGACGAGAAGAUCGAAGGCGCUACUGACGCUGCUCCUGGCCGCAACUCCGACGGCACUUUCGUCCCUGGCUCGACGGCUGCCAAGGAAGCUGGCCAUUUGGGAGGACUGCAUGCUGCUGGCAAGCUGGAUGAGAAUGAGUCUGGCCGCAACGAUGACGGUACCUUCAAGGCUGGUAGCGAGGCUGCCAAGGAGGCUGGUCAUAAGGGUGGAUUGGCUGCUGCCAAUGGGAACUGA